GAGCCAGAUCCUUUCCAAGGGAGUCACGGCUCCUUCUCUCCUGCUCUCUGCCUCCUUCCAGCUGGGCCCUUGUGUCCUGUGGUUGCCCUAGCAACCAUGAACCACCGGUUUAGUUCUCAGUCUGCAUUUAGCUCCAGGAGCAGGAGGGCCUACAGCAGCAGGUCCUCCUCAGGCUUUGGCGGUGGGAGACAGGCUGUGGGGUCUGUGUGUCUGGCACGGGGGAGAUGUGGUGGCGGUGGUUAUGGAGGGGGGUUUAGCUCCAGGAGUCUCUACAAUCUGGGCGGUAGUAAAAGCAUCUUUGGAAGCCUAGUCGGGAGAAGUGCCAGUGGUUUCUGCCCAGGUGGAGGAGCAGGAGGAUUUGGAGGAGGAAGAAGCUUUGGGGGUGGCGGCUUUGGGGGUGGUGGCUACGGUGGUGGUAGAUAUGGAGGCGGCUUUGGGGGCGCCGGAUUUGGCGCUAGCAAUUUUGGGUUUGGGGGCUUCGGUCCUGCUUAUCCUCCCGGGGGCAUCCAUGAGGUAACUAUUAACCAGAGCCUCCUGGAGCCCCUACACCUGGAGGUGGACCCUGAAAUUCAGAGGGUCAAGACCCAGGAGCGGGAGCAGAUCAAGACCCUCAACAACAAGUUCGCCUCCUUCAUCGACAAGGUGCGCUUCCUGGAGCAGCAGAACCAGGUGCUGCAGACAAAAUGGGAGCUGCUGCAGCAGGUGAACACCUCGACUCGGACCAGUAGCCUGGAGCCUCUCUUUGAGAGUUACAUCAGUCAGCUGCAGAGGCAGGUGGACUUUCUGAACUCCGAGCGGUCGCGCCAAAACUUGGAGAUCCGGAGCAUGCAGGAUGUUGUGGAGGACUACAAGAGCAAGUAUGAGGAUGAAAUCAACAAGCGGACCAACGCCGAGAAUGACUUCGUUGUUAUGAAGAAGGAUGUAGAUGCUGCUUUCAUGGGCAAAUCAGACCUGCAGUCCAAAGUAGACACACUGUAUGGGGAGGUCAACUUCCUGAAAUAUCUAUUUGAUACGGAGCUGUCCCAGAUGCAGACCAACAUCAGUGACACCAAUGUCAUCCUAUCGAUGGACAAUAACCGUUCCCUGGACCUGGACAGCAUCAUCGAUGCUGUGCGUGUCCAAUAUGAAUUAAUUACUCAGAAGAGCAAGGACGAGGCGGAGGCGCUGUACCAGAGCAAGUACCAGGAGCUGCAGGUGACAGCCGGGAAACACGGAGAUGACCUGAAGAACAGCAGGAUGGAGAUCGCCGAGCUCAACCGCAGCAUCCAGAGGCUGCAGGCAGAGAUCGCCGCCGUCAAGAAGCAGAUCGAACAGAUGCAUGGGUCCAUUGCCGACGCGGAGGAGAGAGGAGAAAGGGCGCUCCAGGAUGCAAAGCAGAAGUUGCAAGACAUGGACGACGCCCUGCAGCAGUCUAAAGAGGAGCUGGCCAGGCUGCUGAGAGACUACCAGGCAAUGCUGGGGGCCAAGCUGUCCUUGGAUGUGGAGAUCGCCACCUACCGCCAGCUGCUGGAGGGCGAGGAGAGCAGGAUGUCAGGGGAGUUGCAGAGUCAAGUGAGCAUCUCUGUGCAUAGCAGCCAGGUGACCGUAGGCGGAGGCGGCAGCUCCGGAGGUUACGGCGGCGGCGGAUACGGCGGCUCCCGCGGGGGAGGCAGUGGCAGUUACGGAGGAGGAGCGGGCUCCCGCGGGAGCGGCGGCGGCGGCGGCGGCGGGAGCUACGGCUCCAGCAGCAGAAGCAGCAGCAAAUACAGCAGCGGCAGCGGUGGCGGCGGUGGCGGCCGGAGCGGCGGCUCCUCCCGCACUCAGAUCUUGCAGACCUCCACCCACAGCUCGCGCAGGCGCGUGGUGGAGUAGUGGCCACGCGGCUGCAGUACCUCUCCGGCAGCCUUUUCGCCAAAACCUCCCGGGCUCUCUCACCUACCUUUUCCCAAUGGGUCUCAGCAAGCUUCCAGGUCACUUCGACUCUGGGUGGGGAAGCAAGUCAGAGUUACAACCUCUUCAUUUCGUCAAAGACACAUGCUCACUCGGGCGCCCCUCCGCUGGUCCCUCCAUGGUCCUGAUCCCCAGGGCCCUUGUCCAGCAAGGAAGAAAAAGAGCUUGGGGAACAACGUCACUAGGGGCCUCAGUCCCAGGUCCCCAUUUCUAAAACUGGGUAGCUCAGUAAAUAAUACCCCAUCUCCUCCGUGACCUUCUGAAACCUUCCCUCCCAGAAGCCUAUUGCAAGGCGAGCUUGUUUAGUGAGGGGCACAUCUGAGCCCAGGGCCACCGGGGCUCCUUCCUCUGUAGCCUCAUGCUCACUCACCCUGAUAGCAAGGGUAGGUUUGUUGUUCUGAUUCCCUGGGUUUACAGCCCCAGGUAGGGAUGUUUCAGCGGGCAUGGGAACUUAAGCCCUUGUUCAAGGAAUGGCUGUUUUCAGCAGUGGGUGGGGGUGGGAUGGGGUGGAAAAUCAAACUCUGUGUCUGUGCCCCCCUUCCAGCAAACCUCUGUUUUUGGAGACAGCCCCCCUCUAGAACUCUGCUGAGAAUUGCCCAAACACCGGGCACCUGUAGGGCAGCCCUGCUCCAUCCCAGAGCCAGGGCCUGAGGAAUGAGAGGUGUUGUCUUGGGUUGUGGAGAGGCCCGGCCUUGGAAAUGGCCUGGGUUUUGGUGGCAAUCCAACGCUCUCUCCCUGAUCUCCCGAGUCCCUUCCGAUCUCUGAUUCUGAGCAUGCUGCCAAACUUUGACUCCUAAUUAAAAGUUUAAUUUACAGUUCUAGGAAAAAUCCUUGAACUGUGCUGAGGGUGCAGGAAGAGGAAGGUACCAGCCAAUGAACAGUGACAGAAGGGAAUGUGGCUUUGCUUCCAAGUUCUGGGGUCCCCUUCCCUGGCUUGCUGAGUCUGUAGUUCUGUCUGGAAUGGCUUCUCUGUAGGGGUCUCCUGGGGGAAUGCUUGUUGCAUGGUUGGAAGCUCUUCUUCGAAGGGCUUGGCAGUCCUGGUUUUUUCUAUAAUAAAUUUUUCUGUGAUCUCAGUA